AUGGAUAAGUUUGCCGAAGAUGUGUCUUCACAGCUAGGUAGGACUGGUGCAAAUUCCACUAGUCCUAUGAAUAUCAUUGAUACAGAGGGUGGAAAUGACAACGAGAAAGAGUUGGAAUACUCUCUUGGCGAUGAAGAAUUAGGAAGCGAAGAGGAGCAAUUAGAAGGUGAUACACAAGCACCUGUUCAAAGAUCAAACCAAGAUGCUAUUGAAGGUGAUACUUUAGACGCUUUUAAUAAGAAAAAGAGAGCCAGAAAAUCUGAAGCAUGGGAUGAUUUCGAAGAUGUGGAAGUUGGGCCUCAGAAGAAAAUUUACUCAGAGUGUAAGCAUUGCCAGUCUAGAUUCAAAAAGACGAAGAUCGGUACAACUUCAAGUUUAUUAAGGCAUCGGAAAAAUUGUCCAAAACGAUUGGAGAAGCUCAAAAUAAUAGAGGCACACCAACAAAAACUCAAUUUUCCAGCCACUGAUUCUAGCUCAAAUGCUCAUUCCCUCCUUCAUACUGGCAAGUUUGACAUGGCUGCCAUGAGACAAAGCGCAGCUGAGUGGGUGCUUAUGCAUGAGCAUCCCUUUUCAAUUGUGAAGGAAGAUGGCUUCAACUUAAUGAUGAAAAAGGGGAUGCCUGAAUGGCAAAAAAUCAGUCGGACUACCAACAAGAAAGAUUGUCUUUCUGUGUAUGAGAGAGAAAAGCAGAAAUUGAAGCAUUUGUUAAGUAAAGUCAAGAAAAUCAGCUUGACCACAGACCUUUGGAAGUCCAAGAACCAAAAAAUUGAAUACAUGGUUAUAACUGGACAUUGGAUUGACAGCCAGUGGAGAUUACAAAAACGGGUUCUCAACUUUGUGCAUGUUCCCCCUCCACGUCCGGGCAUUGGCAUUGCAGAUGCUAUUUACAAAUGCAUGUUGGAUUGGGGCAUUGAAAGCAAAAUUUAUACAGUGUCAGUUGAUAACGUGUCAAAUAAUGACACCGCACUACGAUGUUUGAAGGACACCUUCUCGACAAACAAGUGCUUGUUGGCCAAAGGAAAGUUAUUCCAUGUGAGAUGUUGUGCUCACAUACUUAACCUGAUGGUUCAAGAUGGCCUUAGUGAAAUUGAAGAAAUAAGUCAUGACAUAAGGGCAAGUGUAGAGUUUGUAAACAAAACUGAAGGGAGACGAUUGAUCUUUGGUGAAAUUGUACACCAGCUACGAUUGCCUGAAAGAGUGCUGAUUUAUGACUGCAAAACAAGGUGGAAUUCGACCUAUGAGAUGCUAGCUUGUGCUCUCAUGUUCAAUGAGGUGUUUUCGAGAUUCAAAGACAGAGAGCCAAGCUAUACUUUCUGUCCUUCCACAGAAGAUUAG